UGUGGAUGGCAUCGGACCUGGCUACGACCUCGCGUUUGAUUAGUCGAUGGCGCGUUAGUUAAUCACCCCGUCAACGAGCCACCCGUGAUGCAUAACAUGCAUAGAAUGAUACUAGUCCAAUAAAUAAUGGGCCAAGAAAUGGUAGCAGUACAGUGAGAGUGGAGAAGGCACGAACUGGCACGGCCUAUCAGCGUCCGAGGAAAGCCGGGCUUGCUGCUGGUAGAGUUAUAGGAAGCCGCCUCCGAGCUCUUUGCUCCUUCCUUUCCCCUGCAUGCCUCGGAGUUGAUCCAGCUGCUGCUCCGGCAUGGCGAUCUCCAAGAGCACCCAGCCCUCGCCGGUGGCCAUCUUCCUCUCAGGGGCGGCCUCAGCGACUGCGCUGCUCGUCUUCUUCUACACCGCCACCGCAGGCCCCGCGUGGCCCACGGCGACGACGGAGUUCACCCCUCAGGGAAGCCACGCGGUGGCUCGGCCGGCUUCCGCGCCGGCGACGAAGGCUUCUUCUCCUACCAAUGCGACGGGCGGCGGCGACGACGCGUUCGCGCGGAUGCUGCGGCGGGCGGCGAUGGAGGACCGGACGGUGAUCAUGACGUCGGUGAACGAGGCGUGGGCGGCGGAGGGGUCGCUGCUGGACUCCUUCCUCGAGAGCUUCCGCGUGGGGCUCAACAUCUCGCACCUGGUGAAGCACAUCGUGGUGGUGGCCAUGGACGAGGGCGCGCUCCGCCGGUGCCGCGCCGUGCACCCGCACUGCCACCUGCUGCUCCCGGACGUCCACGGCCUCGACCUCUCCGGCGCCAAGAGCUACAUGACCAAGGAGUACCUCGACCUCGUCUGGAGCAAGCUCCGGCUCCAGCACCGCGUCCUCCUCCUCGGCUACAACCUCCUCUUCACGGACGUGGACGUGGCGUGGUUCCGGGACCCGCGGGUGCACAUCACGGCGGCGGCGGACAUCACGACGUCGAGCGACUUCUACUUCGGCGACCCGGACGACCUGGGCAACUACCCCAACACGGGCUUCAUCUACUUCAAGGCCACGGCCCGCAACGCGCGCGCCAUGGCUUACUGGCACGCCGCCAGGGCGCGCUUCCCGGAGAACCACGACCAGUUCGUCUUCAACGAGAUCAAGCGGGAGCUGGCGGCGCCGCCCAUCGGCGUCCGGAUCAGGUUCGUCGACAGCAAGCACGUCAGCGGCUUCUGCCAGCUCGGGCGCGACCUGAACCGGAUCGCCACCGUGCACAUGACCUGCUGCAUCGGCCUGGAGAACAAGCUGCACGACCUCCGGCGCGUCGUCGAGGACUGGAGGCGCUACGUGUCGCGCCCGGAGUGGGAGCGCCGGGCCGGCAAGAUCGGGUGGAGGUUCGAGGGAGGCAAGUGCAUACAUUGAUUGAUCGAUUUGUUGAUUGAUUGAGAUCGACGACGGGGACCGAUCGAUGCGGGAAUGCUCAUUGAGAGAGACCGAUGGUGCAUGGAAGAUUGCGAGCGAGCUUCCGGCCUGUCGUUGCUGUGUUUCGCCAUUCUGUUCAUAUUUCAGAAAUUAACUAGUUACAACACGCACA